AUGCACCUUCGGGAACGGCUUCACCUCAUUCCAUCCCUUGGCAGACCUUCCAAGCUGUCUAUUAAGCAGCUCCGGGCCUUCCAAUACAUCAAAUCUAAUACCACGGUCCACCUUCAGAUUCCCGCCAGCAAGCAUUCGAACCGGGCCGACGUACAUGUCUCACACCUCCUGCGCUUUACCUGGGUCAGGGACCUAGUACUGCUCUCCUACCGGCAUGGCGAUCAAACGCCUCACUUCCCGCACGGUCAGACCCGAUCCUGGAUGUGCCGACCCAAGGAAUGGAUGAGUCAGGCUUCGGCCUUCCAGCCGGCUGGGCAAUCAUCUUCACUAGCGACUUGUCUUCGCAUCCACGCUGCGAUUUGUGACAAAGAAUUCAACGUCCUGGGAGCAGUUAAGCGGUUCUUACUGGAAACCGAGGGACCAAGUUGUUCGCCCGCCGCCGCGCAAACGAAGAACAGCGCAGUCUGA